AUGUUAAGAAUAUGUUAAUGUAUUAGGUAAUUAUUCAUUAGAUGUUUAAAUAUCUUCAAGUACACAAGGGUAGAGAAUGCAGAGAAGGGUUACUAGAUGGAGAGUGUUAGUAGAGACAUUGAAAGUAAUAUGAAUGCUGAAUUAAGUAAAUAUGAGUAGAAUCUGUAUUUAGGAGCUCAUGAGGAUUCAUUCAUUUAGAAUCCUGAAACAAAAAUAGAGGAAUUCGAAAACAAGGCAAAUUUUUAGGAUUGUGAAUAAAUAAAUGAAGAGGAGACAAUACGAUAAUUUAUAGAUGAUAUUCCUCAUAUCUCAUUUUCUUAAACUGAAUUUAUUAAAGAAAUAGGAGAAAGAGCAGUGAUGGCAUUUACUUCUGUGAUUGAUAAAAUGGAGGGAUUUGAAUUAUUAGAAGAAGAACAGGACUUCAAUUUUUGGAUUAAAUACAUCGAGACUCCUGAAAAAUUUUAGAUUGGUAUAAUGAAAUAUACAUACACUUUGAAUACUUCGAUUGAUUCCUACAUAGAAUUCAUGAGGGAUUUGCAAUUAUAAAAAUAAAUGGAUAAUAGUAUUGAUGCGUUUGAGAUGCAUUAUGAAGACAUAAAUUUAUAGAUUAAUUACUUAAGAUAUAAAAAGAUUAUGUUCAUGGACCCACGAGACUUUUUAUAUAUUAAAUAUACUGAUAGAAAGGGAGAUGAUUGCAUAGAGAUUUCGAAAUCUGUAAAUGUUGAUCAUUUUCAACCUUAAGAAUUGUCUACCAAAUAAUGCACUAGGGCUCUGUUAUUAUUGAGUGGGAAUCAAAUCAAAUAAAUUGAAGAAAAUAAAAUUAUGAUAACAACCUAUUCUGAAUGUAAUAUGAAAUUGAAAUUAAAGCCUGUAAUGACAAAGUAAGCAAGCAAAAAUGAAAUAAAAAAAAUGGUUAAAAGAUAUCGUGAUCAUUUUCAUCAAUGA